AAAGAUCUUAUUGAUCAAAUCAAUAAAUUAAGUAAAAUUUAUGGCCAUAAUGGUAUAUUUGAAUUUUAUAUUGCCGGCAAUAGACAAAUUGUAAUUACCAAAGCUGAAUAUGUAAAAAAAUUUUUGGUUCCAUCCUCGAAAGAUUGCAAGAUUUAUUGGAAAAGAUUCCCAAAAGUCGAGGUUUUUGAAGAACUUGGUAUUCAUCAAAUGGGAUUAUCAUUUAAUGAAAAUUUCAAUAAUUGGAAAUUUUAUCGUCAAAUUUAUAUGCAUCAAAUCGAAGAAAUAAGUAAUUCAAAUGAAACUAGUAAAUUAUUAAAUAAAUUAUUCGAAGAAUUAUCAAAUUAUUGGAUAGAUUUGAAGAAAAAUAAUUAUAAUUCAGGAAUUAUUGAUAUACCAGCUUGGACGAAACGAUUUGCAAAUGAUUUUACGUUCUUAUUGUUGACAGGAAAGCGACCAUUUGCAAUUAAUCAUUAUUAUCGUAAAUUAAAAAAUGAAAAAAUUACAAAAAAGAUGAUGGAUUCCGAACAUUAUAUUGAAUGCUUAACUUAUUUUUUAGUUAAUAUUCAAAUAGCAUUUACUCCAAAAUUUUUAAGAUUACUUAUCAGAAAUCGUGUAGAUAAAUUUUUAAAUGCCCGUAAUUUUUUAUUUGAAAAAAUUUUAGAAAGUGUCAAAGAAAGGAGAAAAGAAAUUGAAGAAAUCGGUAGCAGUAAUUGUUUUGACGCGAAACAAUUAAAAGAUGAUCCACUGACAUCUUUUAUUAUUGCCAAUACUCCAUACGAAUCUGGUUCUCAAAAAAGUGUUUAUUCUUCUUUAGUAAGGCCAAUGAAUGAUGACGAAAUAGGUUCCAUUUUGUAUGAUGCACUUACUGGAAGUACGGAUUCUAUGAGAUCAACUCAGUUUUCAAAGAUGAUUCAACCAGACAAAUAA